AUGUUCGUAGUGAAACUGGCUCUAAGCGACAUCUCGGAAAUCUAUGGUUGGGGAGCUAUGGACCCUGAAGAAAAUCCAUCCAUCCAUAGUGACACGUCAGAUGGUAACGUAUUCAACAUUAUUGGUCUAUUCAAUCCAAAUUUUGAUAUUAAUAUUGCUGAAUCAUAUCGUUUUGCAGUUAAUGGUUUAUUCAAGAAUAAUUUAAUCGAGAAUGUAACAACACAACAAACAAUGGAUUAUGAAGGUAAUGAUAAAAAGCAUAUAAUUGAUGAAGAUGUUUUACGCGUACAUAUUGGGAGUGAUAAUAUUAAAGUAUCACCAAAAGCUAAAGAUUAUAACCGUAUUUAUUUGGUACUUGAUAGUUUUUCGGAUUCAAUAGUUGGUGUUAAUGUUUUUGAAUUUUAUGCCAUCAAUCAAGGCUUACCAGCAGAUAUCACCAUUGAAUGA